CAGGAGAGCACCCACACACGCGCGCGCACACCCUCGACCGCCGCAUCCUGCGACGUGAAACAAAAGAAACUUUGUGCCAAUCCCCCGUAAAGGAUGGUAAAGAAAUGACCGAGGGGCUUUGAACGUAUCACCGUCUGUCUGUCUGGAAAAGGCAAGACGAGCGUUGGACUAUGAGCGAAUUUUUGGGCUUUGUCGUUUUUUUCACAACUUGACGUCCUUUUUUUUUUUUUUUUUUUUUUUUUUUGGAUGAACUGACUUUUGAUUCAUCGCCCGUCACGCGAAAAAGCGGAAGAGGAUGGCAGCGCUUCUCAUCUGCGCCUUUAUCCUUCUCAAAGUCGUCUCCGGCGACACUUGUGCCAGUGGGAAGUUCACCGAAUCCGGCGAGUGUUGCCGUGCGUGUCCCGCGGGCUUCGGAGUGGCGGCGGAGUGCGGAAAAGAAGAUACCAAAUGUUCGCCGUGCCCGCAGGGAACUUUCUCCUCCUCCGAAGACCUCGGCCGUUGCCUCCCGUGCUCGCGGUGCCCGUACGGCGUCCCCACGUCGGCCGCCUGCUCCGCCGCCGAGGACACGCAAUGCGAAUGCGACGGCGGCUUCUUCACGCAGUGCCGGCUCUGCGCACCGGGAACUUUCUCGGAAGAGCACGCCAACACCAAACCGUGCCAGACGUGCGCCCGGUGCAAGGACAGCGAGGUGGAGAUCCGGGCCUGCAUGCCCAACUCUGACACAAUCUGCAUGGAUAAAAAACUGCACAUUCUCUCCCGCGACACUCCGAGCUGGACCGGCGUGGAGGAGGUGACGGCAGGCGGAAGAAGUCCAGCCCCGGGGACACCCAAGUUCACCCCCCAGGGCGAGAAGGGCGGCAACAACAUCCUGGCCUACGUGUCGGUGCUGGCAGCGGUGGUCCUGGGCCUGCUGGUCUACGUCGCUUACAAGUGCUGGCGUUCGUGCAAACAGAAGCAGGCUCUGUCCAAGGCCCGCGCCGCCGAACUGGGAGCGUCUCCGGAGGGCGAAAAGCUGCAAAGUGACAGCGGCGUUUUCCUCGACUCGCAGAGUCUGCAGGACAAUCAGCCCUCCAAAGGUACAAAGCGGGACAGCAAGCAGGACACCCGCCUGUACAUCAACCUGCCCCCCCACAGGCAGGAGGAGGUGGAGCGCCUCCUGCAGGAAGGGGCGGGGCGCGGCUGGCGGCAGCUGGGCCAGGCGCUGGGGUACGAGGCGGAACAGCUGGACCUGUUCGGGCGCGGCGAGGCCCCCGCGCGCACGCUCCUCUCCAACUGGGCCCUGAAGGAAGGUUCCACCCUGGGGCCGCUGUGCUCGGCGCUGGCCCGCAUCGAGAGGCCCGACGUGGUCUCGGCCCUCAACAACCCCGCGCAGGGCGUCUCGGUGGUGUGAGUCGCCGUGACGAUGGAGCGCACCACUUGUUUUGUUUGCCUUCCUUAGACACUUUUUAAUCAACAGCAAAUAAAAGUGCCAUUUUUUUUUUUUUUUAUGGAUUUUCACAAGUGCCUUCAUCAGCGUAAUCAUAAUCAGUCCCGAGCUCGACGAACUUUUGUCGUUCACCUCAAUAACGUCCGUGAAGCACGCAGCGUACCUACAAUCGGGACUGCCAACCUGGAUUUUUCACUCAUUUAUAAUCUUCAAUUUUCUCAAAAUUGACUUUUAAUUUGGAAACGUGCAAAUUAUUCUUUAUAUCGCAUUUUUUUUUCUUUUCUCCCACAACUAACGUCAACACGAGCAUUGCCACUGGAGGCCGUUUAUGUUUCAUAGCGCUCGUGCACCUACGUCAUCAAAUGACGGAAGUGCCGGUCUAACAAGGCCUUGCUCAAUGCUAAGUCGCUUGGAGACGACGCGGGAAUACGUCUUAUAGCGCGACGGCCAGAGUUUUGUCCGGUUACCGUUAAACAUUUACAAGGUGAUAAUAAACGAAGUUACGUGAAAAAAUGAGAGGGACCCAUAUUUAAUACCGAAGUCGGUGUUUUCGCCGACAAGAAAUUGUGGAGUGUUAACCCGCUUCCGCUUGUCUUGGACAACCGGAUCUACACGUGCAUCUGGUGAAUAAAUCGUCCAGAUUUACACGGAAAAGUUUGAAAGCGUAUAAAAGUCUUGGACGCAUACAAACACUUCCUUGCUGGAUCUGUUCUCAAUCAAGAAUAAAUCCCGCAUAGCGAUGGAGCCACUCAGAUUUUUCCAAUACAAAUACCAAUAUUGAAAUAAAUGAUCCCCGGUUUUACACAAACUCGCAUUCAUUAACUAUGAUUGGGGGAAAAAAAAAAAAAAGACAGCGAGUCGGCUCCUCCGUACACGGAAGCGUGUUGCGGCCACACGUUAACCCAUUCAUGGGCAGGGUGGCAAUUUUUCGCCUUAGUGAGAUAAAAGUCUCCUAACAGGCCACGAUCACGGAAAUAACACUUCUUUUUCAUUUAUGGUUUAUUUAUAUAUGAUAACUUGAGGCAGCCAGGUUGGGUCAGGAAGGAAAGGGAAAUACCCCCGUGCUAACUUUGACCGACUAGUUAUCUUCUCCUGAUACCAAAUUAUGACUUUAGAUUAAAACACUCAAAUAUUUUGAGAUACUGAAGGAUAUAAUGCGU